CCUGGAGAAAGACACAAGUUUCAUGUUUGUAUACACGUAACGCUUGAACUACAUAUGCUGAUGAAAUACCAACGAUUUGAAUGCACAUAUUUAUUUUUAAGUAUUUAAAAAGAAAAGUCCAUAUUUGGCCCCCAAGUCCUAAUUUGGCCUCAUUGAUUAACGGUGCUGCGAUUCUGCUGUCGGAGUGGCGGACGGUUUGAUGCUAUUUUGGGGUGUUUGACGUCGUGCUGGUUGCGGCACCAGAGCACCGUCCAACCCUCCGCCUGUUCAUCUGGUCUUCUAACUGCCUCACUCGUCAUGUAUAUUAGUUAUUGGUGGUUCAUCUUGCUGCACAAGUGCUUCCCGCCUACCUACUUUUUCUUUCACAGACCCCACAAAAAGCAAUGUGCACUCUUUUGGAGACAAAAAGCUACCAGCGGUUUUUAAAAACAAUUGCCCCUUCAAAAGAAAAUUCCAUUAGCCCUUGUGCUGCUAGCUCCUGCAUAGCUUCCCGUUUGCAUGUGUUAUGUUUAUGAGCUAGCCAGUUGUCUCAUGUAGAAGGAGGGGAACUUUGGGCCUAACAUUGCAGCAUGAGAGCUACGACUCCCCAAAGCGGAUGGCAGCAUGUGAGAAGUCACGCUGCAAAGGCAAGUAGUGUGUAAGGAUUGUAAGGUUUGUUGUGUACGUUUGGAUGAAAGCAAGGAUGUUUUCUUAUCAAAUGAAUAAAUCAAUGGGUGUAAAACGUCCCCAAUGGUCUGGUUUAUACCGUGUAUUCAAGCCGUAAUGCUUUGAAUAGAUGAAAUAUAUUUAUUCAGCGAUGAAAUCAAAGCAGAAGUUCAAAUCAGAUGGGAACGCCGGCUUUAGUAGCAACUGUCCUCAUUAGUUACUAAAUGUACGUUUAGAUUGGAAAAAAAUUGGAAAAUGCAGACGUGUACCGUUUUAUUGGCAUAAAUAAAAUGAUAUUUCCAUUAAUGAAAACAAUUUAUUUUGCAAUAUUUGAAUCCAUCUCUUUAAAAAUUAAUGAUUUCACUCCUAGUAUGCAGUUGUUACUAAAUCAAGAUAAAAAUGUAGCUCUUGAUCAUUUAAAAACAGGGACCAAAACCAUUUACGGACUGUAAUAAAACAGGAAUGUAUUUUCUGUGCUGCCCCUUGUAUUUGGACUCGCAUUUGUCGCAUAGUAUACAUCAUCACAUCCAACCCUGAAUGUAAAUGUAAGCGCCAUGCAACACGUUAUAAACACGUUCUCCAUUCUCUCACUCAAAUCUAUAAACUGUUUUUAGCAGAGAAGAGAAGAGGAGACGGCGGGUCCUGAAUGGGAAAUGAGCAGGGAAGCACAAGGGGAAGUGAGAGCAGCAACCCCCGGCACCCUGAUCAGAAGAUGACAUCAAAUGACACACAUCACAUUUUACCACGAGACGUUUACUUAAAAUCAGCGAAGAACAAAACAGUCAAUGGCAAACCCAACAGCAGAUGCGGUCAACAACCAUGCGAUGUCCCCGUUGAACUUUCACACCCCCAAAUGUCAGUGGUUAACUUGGGGUUACGGUUCCCAUGUUUGUUUGUUUUUAAACCAGUCGCCUUUAAGUGGGACAUUCCUCGGAGUAUAGUUGUAGCUACAGCUAAAUAAAUCACUGAUCGGGCGUGGAGAACCUUCGCGGGGUGCAGCGAACACGGAGCGCCCGGUACCCCCUCCGCGCUAGCGUGAGGCUAACGGAGCUCCUGCCCCCUCUGUACAAUGACUUUUACGAUGAGAAUGGCUCAGACAACCCUACUACACACACUCUGGUCGACCAGAGCAUCACAGAGGAGCAAACAACUGGAGGCAGGUUGUUCCAACCAUGAGGAUCUUUAUCUGCUUCGAGGGCUCCAGUGAGCCUAUUGAUGUCCCUUCAGAUCAGACUGUGGGGGCCGUGAAGCACAUGAUAAAGGACAACUUUAUGGUGCGACUCUCAUAUGACAAACAGCAGCAGUACCUGGAGCUGAGCCACGGUGGAGCGGUGCUGCAGGACAGCUGGGCUCUGUUUGACGUGGGCAUCACAAAUGGCAGAGCCAUACAAUGUCUGAUAAAGAGUGAGCAAAGGCCUGCGAUGUGGCUGUUCAAUGCUGUGACACAAGAAACCUUACCGGUCAUGGGAAAUGAGGCUUCUCUGCACAUGUCUGUUGCUCACUUGAAAACGGUGGUUUCCAUGCAAACUGGCCUCCCAGUUAGCACCUUCAGACUGAGCACACCUGCUGGUGUGCAGCUUUAUGACUGCAACCAACUCAAAGACUAUGCCAUUAAAGAGGGCACCACUCUCCGUUUGGACACAUGGGAUGGGUGGGUACAGUUCCUUCGGGGUUGCCUCCGGGGCCGCAGAUUGACAGUCCAAGGCCACCUCUUAGAAAAGAUACCAGUAAAGAGAUUUCAGUUGCAGGUAGCCCUCUACAUUGCUGCCGCUUUGGGCCACCUGGACCUGGCCUGUUGGCUGCUGGAGAGAGGGAUGCGUGCUGAGAAACCAGUGGGGGUUCAUCCUUACCGCCAGUGGUGCCACCAAACCUCCCAUCGAGACACCGGAAAGUGUCCCAUACACACAGCUGCAGAGAAAGGCCAGCUUCUCAUUCUCAAGCUCUUCAUCAGCAAAAACCUUUUGGCCUUGGCUUGUCGGGACCCCGGAGGUCGGGACCCUUUGAAAGUUGCUGUUCAGCACGGUCACAGCGAUUGUGUGCACUAUUUAGCCAAUAAGCUGUGUUCGCUGGUAUCCCUGCCAAACAUAUCCCUGCCCAUGCGCAUCUACAUCCAGAUAAAACGCUGGGUGAGUUUGGGGCACAAAAGGGCAGCAUCCAAUCGAUGCCAGUACACCCGUGCUGCGUUCAAUGCCAGGAUGGGGGAUACUUUGCUGGUGGACGGCUUCAAUCAGCCAAAUAUGUCUUCCAAAUCCGUGAAAGUUGCGACCAAACCAAGCAGACGAAUCAAGGCUGUGCAGUCAUUACCUCCCAUCUGUAACCUACCUUCAGUAUCACAAACCCCCAGCCUGCAGUAUGUGAGCCCUGGUCACUUUAAAGAGGUGCAGAUAACGCACAAUCAAGAUGUCCGAAGCCGGGAGGAUCACUUAUUGGAUAGAAUCUGUAGGGAUGCUUGCAGUUUAUGUAAAAGCAAGUUCAAACUUCUGCCAAUCCCCAAUCCCCAGAGAAAGAGUAUUCUGACUGCGACGCCGGAGUCCAUCUCUCCCCACUGCAGCCGAACGGCGAGGGAGAAAGCCAUAUACUGCUUGACCGUAGCCAGUACCUUCACUGAGAAGUCUUGGUUGGAGCAGUUGAGCAUAGCACGGAGCCUGAUCAGGAAGCGUGUCCACAACAUGGCCUGACACUUUCAUCCAGAUCCGUCAUCCAUCAGCUCAACUCCCCAUGGAUCUCGCAUCGCCACCCCCGGCCUGAAUAACUCUGAACGACGAAGAAUCCUUCAGAAAGACAACUGAGGACUGGGUCUCAGGCUUAAAAUUAUACCUCUCUGUUGUGUGCUCAGCCAGAGAUAGUAAUAAACAAAAAUGUCGAUGUUGACAAAUAAAAGAAAGAUUUAAAAAUCAGUUUUAUCUGAUGUUUUCAUCAAAUUGGUGUUUAAAAAAAGUAGGGGCAAGCUUAGAGCACUAACAAUGGCGUCCUCUGCCCCCUUUAACCCUGUACAGCUAUAACUUUUUUUAAAUGCAUUUUCAUUUCAAUUAUUUUUUAAAGGUUCAAACACCAUAUUUGGGCCUGGAUAUG